AUGACCUUUAAAUUAUUCUUUGGGCGUAUCGCUAUGGCAUGGGUCAAUCCGAUAGCUGCAGCUCGUUCCAGUGCAGCGCCUCCAUCUGGACCUACUAUCCGGGACUAUUUGAACAGACCGAGGCCUACCUGGGACGAAGUAAAAGAGAAGCUGGGUAAGAGUAAGGAAGGUUCACAUUCUCUAGCUGAUUGGGAGAAACAACAGGAAGAGAAUUAUAAGGAAGAUCUCAGGAGACAUCGAGAAGAAGUUUUAGGUAAAAGUAAGAAAUCAAAGAAAAAGAAGGUAUCAUCAUCUUCUCAAGAUUCUGAUUCUGAUCCUGAUUCAUGUGAUUCUUUUGGAAGGGAUAAAAAGUUUAUCUGCCACUUAUUUAUAUUUAUGUACAUGUUUAUCAAUUACUUUAAAGAAAAAGAAAAAGAAAAAGAAGAAAAAGACUAA